ACAUCUGAUUCAAAAUUUAGUUCACCCACUGGCUAUGAAACAUUUGUAAAAUUUCCAAUAUAUUUUCUAUUGCUAUAAAAAUUAAAAAAAGGACGCCUUCUACUGGAGAACAAGAUGGGUCUCUGCCGCUUUUUCCAAACGGGUUCCUGCCGCUAUGGAACCAAAUGCCACAACGAGCACUUCGAUGUCAAGCAAUACCUUAAGUCGGAUAUGGAGUCUGGCCUCAAUGGUAAAAUGUGGCCAUUUUCCGGCUAUGGUCCCUUCAAAGACAAGCCAAACUUUCCCAACUUCAUCGAGGACCAAUCUUUCGAAGAGGUCCGUUUCCUUUGCUACGAGGCAAAAAAGGCCAACAAUUUCGAGCAGUUCCACCAGCAAUUCAACCGGGAAGUCGUGGAAGCCACCAACAAAAUGAAAGCCAUGCUACAGAUGUCUCCCCAAAUAUUAGAGACAAUGAUCAAAAUCUAUGAUACUCCGGAAGGUGCAAAUGUUUCUUCGCAAUCCCAACCCAACAACCCAUUUGCAGCUGUUCCAGCUACUACUCCAGCUGCAUCUAUUUUCGGCAAGCCUGCUCUAAGUUCAGGAAACAUCUUUGGUGCUGGUACCGCUCAGGCGAACAAUACCAACAGCAUCUUCGGAGGCGCCAUGGGCGGUGGCAAUACCGGGAACGGAAUUUUUGGGGGAGGUGCAGCCAGUGCCAAUACCGGGAAUGGAAUUUUCGGAGGAGGUGCAGCCAAUGCGACUAACCCCUUUGGAGCACCGCAGCAACAGCCGGCAGCGCAGCCCUUCCAAGGCGGAAACCUUUUCAACCAGGCUCCAGGCCAAGCUUUUGGAGGCUUUCAGCAGCAGCAGCAGCAAGCUCAGCCUUCGGGAGUCUUUGGACAAGCAGCGAAUUCAAAUCAAGGAAUAUUUGCCCAGGCUGUUCAGCAGCAGCCACAACAGCCACCUAGUGGGUUGUUUGCACAAGCAUCCGCUGCAUUUCCAACUCAGCAGCAACAACAGCUUCAAAUGCAACAGCAGCAGCAACAACAACAAUUGCAGAUGCAGCAACAUCCACAGCAACAACAACAGAUGCAAAUGCAACAACAGCUACAGCAGCAGCAGCAACAACAGAUGCAAAUGCAACAGCAACCACAGCAGCAGCAAAGCAUGGCACAUUCCUCAGUCUUCAGCCGUAUGGAGGAUUUGAGUGCUGCAGAAAUAGAAGCCUUCAAAUCAGAACAGUUUUUGCCGGGACAUCUGCCAUUCAAUCCACCUCCACGCGAAUUUUGUUAAAAUAAUAUUUUGUUAUACAAUCUAUAAGAUUAAUGUACAUAAGACUUAGAGCUGGUAUUAAAUAAGCAUAAAGAAUUUUAAAAAAUAA